UGAAGUAAACAAAACUUCGAGAACUGGGUCUGAGGAUGGCAGAUACCUAUGUCACUACAUCUGAUGGGUACUGUCUUGCUGGACCUGUGGAACACUAUGAUAUUUUGCCAGAAUACAUUGAUUAUCAGCUAUAUGACACUGAUGUUCAAGAAUCACCUGAUUUUGAGUGUCCUAUUGCUCAGUUUCCUGCUACUGUAUGGCCCCAAACUUUACAAAGUCAUUUCGACUCCUAUAGCCUGGGUCCACAGUACAGUGGUGGUGGACAGUGUGGACUUGACUCCUGUGAAUUAAGUCAAUCCACUUAUGUGGUUGUUCCUGCUGCUGAAGACAAAUGUCCUGGAAUGAAGAGGUCCAGACUUACAUGUUCUUCACGAUGGAAAGGACAGGAAGAACUCUGUGUGGUUUGCGGAGAUAAAGCAUCAGGAUAUCACUACAACGCACUUCCUUGUGAAGGGUGCAAGGGUUUUUUCCGACGUAGCAUCACAAAAAAUUCAGUAUAUAGUUGCAAGAAUGGUGGUCAUUGUGAAAUGGACAUGUUCAUGCGUAGAAAAUGCCAAGAGUGCAGACUGAAAAAGUGUAAAGCAGUGGGAAUGUUGGCAGAAUGUUUGCUCACAGAAGUCCAAUGUAAAUCAAAGAGACUUCGGAAGAGCCUGAAGCAGAAUACCUGUCACUCCAUCACCAGAGCGGGACAGGAAGGGGCAGACAGCAAACUUGUGUCAUCUACCACUCGAUCUGGAAAAGUGAUUCAGCAAAGCCUGAAACUAACUCAAGAGGAACAAUAUCUUAUUAAUGAUAUUGUGGCUGCUCAUCAAAGACAUAUGAUUCCUUUAGUGGAGACAAAUGGAUUACUGCAGGAGUAUGCUAAUGCAGAACUAACUUUUCUGAGACUCUCAGAGACAGCAGUCCUACAUGUCCAUGGGCUGAUGGACUUUACCAGGGCACUCCCAGGAUUUGAAAAUUUGACCAGUGAGGAUCAGACUGCAUUACAGAAAGAGUCAAACACUGAAGUGCUGUUCCUGCAUGGAGCUCAACUUUAUAGUCAAAAAGAAUCAGCCUCCAAAAGUUCGAUGAGUGUAUCCAGACACUCGGCUCAUGCGCUGGAUGCUCGUGAUCAGAGUGGUGACAAAAGUGUCUAUUCCAUGAGGAAAGUUUGCAAGGAAGAGCCUUCUGCUACUCCAAAUGGUAUAACUAAAGAAUUUAUUACUUCACUGUUUUACUUCUACAAAAGAAUGAGUGGACUUAAUAUAACAGAUGUUGAAUAUGCUCUGCUCAUAGCAGCAACUGUGUUAUUCUCAGAUCGUCCAUGCCUUAAAAAUAAGCAGCAUGUGGAAAAAUUACAAGAACCAGUUUUAAAAAUUUUGUAUAAAUAUUCAAAAAUCUAUCAUCCAGAAGAUCCACAGCAUUUUGCUCAUCUCAUAGGGAGGCUUACAGAACUGAGAACUCUGAAUCACAAUCACUCAGAAAUACUGGGUUCUCAGAAAACAAAAGACCCCAAGUUUAUUCUCUGAAAGCUGGAAUUUGUAUGCACAGUGCUGAAAGUUUAAAAUGUUCAGGAUUGGCUUAAAUUUUCUAAACCUGAAUUGAAUGACUAAUUUAAAAGACAUGA